CGUCUCAUCGUUUCGAACACUCAGCACAAAGAUCGCUUUAUCGCCAAGGCUCUGCUUGUCGGUACCUAGCCUCUUCGGAUUAGUCUCUGCUCUGUGCACUGCAAACACAACACUUUGUCCAUUAAAGGCGUCGCUAGCAGCCAACACCCAAGACUUCCCAUCCUCAAUAACUCUAUACCGUGACCCUUUAUGCCCGAGGUCAAGAACAAGGUCUGUCUGAUCGUUCACGAUGGGUGGGGAAUCGCUCCAGAGAAAGGCAUGAAAGGUGAUGCCAUCGAUGCAGCAGAUACCACCAACAUGGACACCAUCGCCAAAAAGCAUUCCUAUCGCACCCUCUUUGCGCACGGAAAUGCGGUCGGUUUGAACGAUGGGCUCAUGGGCAACUCUGAAGUCGGACACCUCAACAUCGGUGCAGGCCGCAUCGUGUGGCAAGAUAUCGUCAAGAUUGACGUAUCCAUUGCAAAAAGGCAGUUCCACAAAAAUGAGACGAUCCUUGCAAGCAUGAAACGUGCGAAGGAUGGAAAUGGCCGUCUUCACCUGCUUGGUCUGGUUUCGGAUGGUGGUGUGCAUUCUCACAUCAGACAUCUCAAGGCGCUCUUAGAGACUGCGAAGGAAUUUGGCGUUCCCCACACUUAUGUCCACUUUUUCGGCGACGGCCGUGACACUGCACCUCGCUCGGCUAAGGGUUACGCACAAGACCUGCUGGACUUUAUGAAAGAGAUAAAAUAUGGUACGAUUGCCACGGUUGUCGGCAGAUACUACGCCAUGGACCGCGACAAGCGUUGGGAGCGCAUCAAGAUUGCUGUUGAUGGUCUCGUCCGCGGUGAGGGAGAAGAAGGCAAAGACGUCCUCGAAAAAAUUGAGGAGAGGUAUAACAAGGAUGAGACCGAUGAGUUCCUGAAGCCCAUUAUCGUAAAUGGGGACGAGGGACGCAUUAAGGAUGAAGACACCCUCUUUUUCUUCAACUACCGCUCGGAUCGGAUGCGUGAACUUGCUACCGUCAUCGGUCUCCCGGACAAGCCCAUUGAAAUAGAUAUCCCUAAAGACCUGCACAUCACCACCAUGUCCCGGUACAAUGCUGAGUUCCCAUUCGCGGUGGCCUUCCCGCCGCAAGCUAUGACCAACGUCCUAGCUGAGUGGCUUUCCAAAGAAGGCGUGUCCCAAGCGCAUAUCGCGGAGACAGAGAAAUAUGCCCACGUUACGUUCUUCUUCAACGGCGGGCUCGAGCAGCAGUUCGCUGCAGAGGAGCGCUUUAUGAUCCCAUCCCCCAAGGUCGCUACAUACGACAAGCAGCCAGAGAUGAGCGCCCAAGGUGUAGCAGACAAGGUCGCCGAGGUGGUCAAGAGCAAGAAACAUGAGUUCGUCAUGUGCAACUUUGCCCCGCCCGACAUGGUCGGCCAUACGGGUAUAUAUGAGGCCGCGGUGGAGGCUAUCACUGCUACUGAUAAGGCGGUCGGAACGGUCUACGACGCAUGCGUUGAGGCCGGAUAUGUUUUACUUAUUACUGCAGACCACGGAAAUGCGGAGCAAAUGAUCAACUUGGAGACUGGCGCCCCUCAUACCGCACACACUACGAACCAGGUGCCUUUCAUCAUGACAGCCGAGGGUCUUGAGUUUGCGGAUGAUGAGGAAGAUGGCAAAGGAGAAGAGGGGGGUGCACUUGCUGAUGUUGCACCCACUAUUUUGGCGAUCAUGGGCUUACCGCAGCCUGAAGAAAUGACCGGGCGCUCGUUACUGAAGAAAGAGAAGAUCGAGUAGACGACGAUGCAACGUAGAUCAAGAUUGUAGAAUAAGUAUACCGUCACUGUAGAAAUAUAACACCAAUACUCGGAAAAUCUACGUAAACGGAGUCGGCUUAAUUUGGAGGAGACACAGCUGCCAGCGUUUACGAGGGUUGCCGAGACGUAUCAGGAUGUUUUGGGACUAGCGUGACCCUGUUUGGUAGCACCGCG